UUCAAAAUGUUUCAAUAUACACCCUAAGAAGAGGCUUAUUAUAGAUAGUUAUGGACCACCUUUGAUCCACAAGUAAUUCAAAUUGAUUUGAUUCUUAGGGUCUGGGAUUUGCUGAAGCCAAAGGUACUGUUUAAUUUUUCAAAAAAAGUCGACUUACUGUCGAUGUACUCAAAGGUAUUUGGCUUGCAGGUGUGAAGAAUUAAGAAGGCAAACUAUAUUAUUAAGAAUUUGCUACUGUAAUGAGACUAAUAGCAUAUUGUUAAAAUGGAUUUGAAUUUAGUGAACAACUAUUAAACUUAAAUAGACCUGUUCCUCUCCCAGUUAUGGAAGGAAUAUAAGUACCAUAACAAUAAUAAUAAUAAUAAUAGUAAUAAUAAUAAUAAUAGUAAUAAUAAUAAUAAUAGUAAUAAUAAUAAUAAUAGUAAUAAUAAUAAUAAUAAUAAUAAUAAUAAUAAUCCAUCUCUAACCCUCAAUAGUAACUUUUGAAUAACUUUUAAUAAUAAUUACCAAAUUAACUUCCUUAAUAAAAUUAUUUCUAAACUCAACCAGUUCAAAGUGCAGCUUAAGUUUCACAACAAUCUUAUGUUGAACUUAGAUUAGAUGUUUAAAAAGUAUUAAAUUAUUUACUAUAUUUUUAGUAUGAUUUACUAGAUGAUUAAUACAACAGAUAUGAACUCUGUUUCAAUCAAUAAGAUAAAACACAUUAAGGUUUUAUUCAAGGUGAUUAAGCACAAGCAUUUUUUUAAAAGUCUUUACUACCCUCUUAAACAUUGAGUCAACUUUGGAGUUUAGUUGAUUUUGGGUCUAAAGGUUAUUUAUUUAAGAACGAAUUUAUUGUUGCUGUUCAUUUAAUAGCUCUUUGUAGAAAGGAUAUCCCUUUACCAUAAGUAUUACCUGAAUCUUUAUUAUAAUUAACAAGAAGAGAUCAAUAAUAAAAUUAAGUUCGAUCAACAUCUCAAACUAUGUAACCAGUUUUUUCAGGUUUACCACCAUAACCAUAGAGAGUAGGAUCAUAAAAUGAAGUUCAGGGUUUGAAUCAACAAACCAAUUUCUUACAAAAUAAACUUUAAAAUUAAACCUAAUAGAUUUAAUUUGCAAAUAAUUUAGACUAACAAAAAUAAAUUAUUGAAGAUAAGAAAAAAGAUAUUGAGUUUCUCAACCAAACUAUUCAAAAACUACAAAACUUUUAUGAUUAUCUUAAAAAAGAAUAAGAUGAAUUACAGGCAUAAAUAUCAUCAUUAAAUGAUUAAUAAGUCUAAAAACAAUAAUAAAUGAAUAUAUUAUAGGAUAGUAUUUAAAAUCAAUUGUAAGUGAAUUAAAACCUAUAGAAAUAAUUGUUUGAAUUGAAAUCCUAAAAUUAAUUCUAAGAAAAUCAACCUCCUGCAUAGUAAAAUUAGUUUUAUACAAUUCAUGUAAUUAAUGAUACAAUAUUGUAGGUAUAAGAUGAUUAUGAUUAUUCUGAAUAUAGAGCAAAGAAAGAAAAAGUAGUUUCUGGAGGUAACCAAAGUGCUGAAAAUCUUCCUUGGCAUUGAGAGAAU